UCUGUACCAAUCUGUUUCCACAGUUGCUGGGCACGGACGAGCACCGGGAAAGUCGGAAACGGAACGGAACCGCUCGCUCGACCACCCCUGCUCUCUCUCUUUCUGGCUCUGAGCCGUGGAGGAAGGACCAACUUCGAACGCUGUGUGUUUACAAACAGUAUGAAACGUCCAUUCAGCCCGUCAGCUCUGCCGAACACUGAGCCGGACAGGAGAGGGUUUGGCGCUGGGCUCCGACUGCAUAUGGACGGCGAGCCUUGCUCUGACACCCAGGAUGAGGGUGCAGUACCAGAUGAGCAGUCACCAGGGGGCACCCUGCCUUCUGUACUCUGCAGACCAAAAAGGGAGAGAAAGCAGCGGAGCUACACAUUGUGUGAGGUCUGCAACAUCCAACUCAACUCAGCCGCACAGGCCCAGAUCCACUACAACGGCAAAUCCCACCAGAAGAGACUCAAGCAGAUCAGCAAUGGCAAGAUGCCAAGUAACACAGGUACGUCGGCCCAGGGCAGCCCCCUCCUGGCUUCCCUUCCCGUCCCAGGACGGCCUCUGCAGCCUCCGCUCGACCUCAAAAAUCUACUGCCCUUCAGACUCAAUGGAUCCUCCCCCCUUAGCCUCUUCCCUAACUUUAACACGGGCUUCGGUGGGCUACACACAUACUUACAGAACAGGAGCUACAUCCAGAUGGACCCUGUCCAGAAGGCAGUGAUCAACCACACAUUUGGUGUCCCUCAGCCCCUCAAGAAGAAACAGAUUAUCUCCUGCAACAUUUGCCACCUGCGCUUUAACUCAACGAACCAAGCAGAGGCCCACUAUAAGGGCCACAAGCACGCCCGGAAGCUCAAAGCCAUGGAGGCCCAGAAGAACAGGCAGCGACGAGCUGGGGAGGCCUCAUCCACAGGAAGGGAAAGAGACCGUGAAAGAGACCGGGAACGAGAUCGGGACAGGAGCAAGACGUCCACAUCCGAUGCAGCUCUUCCCGCACUCAUGGAUACAAGCCUAAUGGAAGGAGCAAGUCUUCAGUCUGACCAAGAACCAGCCAACCUGGAGGCAAAGCUUGAGGAGAGUCCCAGGAGCUCAGUUAUGCUAACACCAGUAUCCGAGGUUUCCUCUGUAGAGUUGGUCACCCUUUCCCCUCCUCAGAUUUCGCCUUCCUCACAGCUCUCAGAGACUGCCUCAGACACCAGUGCCCCUGAGGUCCCAGAGGCUAUCGAGGCGGCGGGCCCCAUCACUGAGUCAGGCAGCCAGGCAGACACGUCCAGCAUAAAAGACGAGCCACGUACAGAUGAGGACAAGGACCCCAAGAAGAGCAAGGCUCACCUCCAUUGUCCUGUCUGUAAAGUCACAGUCAACUCCAUCUCCCAACUGGAAGCACAUAACAGUGGUACAAAGCACAAACUGAUGCAGGAAGGUCACAGUGUUCUGCCUCGGCGCAGGGGGAAGGUGGUGGCAGCUCGUGCGGGCUGCAAGAGCAAGAGGCUGGCUAGCAAAGGCAGUGUCGGGGUGCCAAGCAAGAACUAUCAGUGUGAAGUGUGUGAGAUUUUUGUGAACUCUGAGACCCAGCUUAGCCAGCACAUGAAUAGCAGAAGGCACAAGGAUAGGCUGGCUGGAAAACCACCCAAACCCAAAUUUACCCCCCACAGCAAGAGCCAGCCAAGCACCAGCUUAGCGAACGUGAGAUGGAGUGGCUAUGCAGGCGUGGCUGUGUCUGCCAUGAAGAAAGCGUUCAGCCAGUACAAUCUCACCUCCCUCUCCUCGCAGACCAAACUGGCCUUGCAGAAGCAGCUGACCAAGAGCUUGACAACUGGCUUCCUACCCAGCCCCCUCACCCAGCCAACUCUGUGCACAUUGGCAACUAACCCACUGGCUCUGCGCCACCCAGUGGGCACCACCACCUUCAUCCAGACCCCCUUCCUGGGCCCUGCACUGUUUCGGCCUGCCCCGGGGCCACUGCGGGCCACACACACACCCAUCAUCUUCUCCCCCUACUAAAGACUUGAUCCACUUCCCAUUUGAGCUCCAUCCUUGUCCCUUUACCAAACCCCAGACCCUCCUUUAGUGUGACCCACAUGACAAAAGGCCACACGCAAACUAUGCAGCCUGCCUGACUUACAAUGGAAAUAGUGCACAAGUCCUGACGCUCAGGAGGCCAUUAGGCCUGAGAGCUGUUCCUAUCAUAAAGGCCAAUAUCCCCCAUCAUGCCUUCUUUCUGCUCCCCUUAUCAUGACCUAAGGAGCAGGACAGGCCUCCAGACAGUUACUGGUGCACAGAGGCCGCUUUUAUAGCCAUUUCAUGGGUCAACCUGGUUUGGAUUAUGGAUAUUAUUGUGUAAUUUAUUAGAGAACAAAUGUAGACUAGAUGUAUGUUUAGUGUGGUUGCCACAAAAUAAGGUCCCUUUACUUGAUGCUCUUUUAAAACGUUUUAACUUAUUGGUUCGGGGGUUUCAUGAAAAGUGGGUGGAUCAUAGGUCAUUAAAGCAGCUGAACCAGAGGCGUCCUCCUGUAUGGCUGGACAAGCCGAUCUAAGUGAUCGGUGUUUUCAACUAUCAAGGACCAUCUGAGGUGAAUUGCUGUCACGUUUCAUCUUGAAUAUGGUAAUUAUCAAACAGUCCUGUGGGUGGUAUGUGAAGCUAUAACUACAUACUGUUUGACCAUAUAUUAAAACCUGUUUGCGCCUCUAGCUGUUUCCCAGAGCUCUUAACUCGUACAAAUGCAAACUUCUUUCUGAGUCACAGCCACAAUCACAGCCCUCCAGAUUUUUUCCUUUCCUGUAUACCCAGGGUUAAGCACUCAUUAGGUCCAGUAAAGGUCAGCAUGUCAACUUGA